AUUGGCUGCACUACUGAGCCGGUACAUCAGUCCGCAGACUGUGCUCCUCUGCCCAAGCAGCCUCUUUCGCUCAAGCGCGUCGCUGGGGGCCCGUUGUGGUCCAGCAUUCGUCCGGACGUCAUCGACAUCGCUCGUACAAGCCUUCGGACUGCUGCACAGCCCGCCCCAACCUGCAAUAUCGGACCUCAGGUCGUCGAGGCGGAGGGCGUACGCUCUGACUGCAUAAACACCGUCGUGUCUUCUGAAGAGGCUUAAGAUGGCGCUUGACGUUAGCUCCCCCGCGUCCACUGUCGACUUCCCUGAAACAGAUGGGUCUGUAGUUCUACCUCAUCCCCGCCCCGCAUACUUGCCUUUCCGUCGGAUCUCCCUUCCAACGCCUCCGAGUGUAGCCUACAGACAUUCAGUGGCUAGCAUGGACUCGCUGGAUUCGUCGACAGAAGAGCUUCCAAGGUCCACCCCGGCGUCCCCGGUAAAGAAUGUCGCGAGCAAAUCAAGGUCUCGCCGAACAUCCAUGGAACCACUGAAACGCAGCGCAGCACGUCUGAGGCCAAUCGACGAGACGCGAGAAGCUAAGCGAAGGAAGAUAAUAAUGGAAUUUUAUGACACCGAGAGAUCUUAUGUUGAUGGUCUUGAGCUUAUAUAUUCGCACUUUCUAACGCCUAUAAUGGCCACUCUGGAAACGCCCUAUCCGCUUCUCACCGCAUCCGAGCUGACCGCUGCUUUCUCCAAUUUCAUCGACAUCUGGAAUCUUCAUCGUCGGUUCUUCCAUGCGCUCUCUACUCUACUCCUUCCGACGUCCGCAAGCCCGACAGCUCAGCCGCCCGCUCUAUCGCCUGUGCUCCUUGCGCAUUUCCCGUACCUCUCCUUGUACAACCCGUUUGUCACGGCGUUCCCCGGCGCAUUGGCAUCCCUCAACGCCUUUCUCGCGAACAAGCCCGCAUUCGCGGCUUUCGUUAUGAAGCAGGAGGAAGAUCCUCGUUGCGGAAAGCUGAAGUUGCGAGAUUGGCUGCUGACCAUAGUACAGCGAUGCCCGCGCUAUCUGUUACUUCUCAAGGACCUCGUCAAUUGUACGGAUCCGGUGGAUCCUGAGCAUGCGUCUCUAACAGCCGCACAUACCCUCGUCUCCAAGAUUACCAGUUCACUAAACACUUCAUUGCACACGCAUGCCAAAACCUUGGCUUUACUUGCCCUGCAACGUAGCACACCGAAUCUGCCCUUUCAGCUGAUCGCCCCUGGUCGUACCUUCUUGAGACGUGGCCCUCUACUUCAGCUGGAAGGCGCGUCAGCGCCCAAGGACCGGGAAUUUCUACUCUUUUCCGAUUGUCUUAUCUGGCUUUCGAGCUCAGACCGUGGGGAUGGAGAGGUUCGGUGGGGCGAAAGCGAGGAGGGGACUGUCCCGACUCCGACAACAAGUGGUGAUCACUUGGCAUUACCUGCUCGUCCCCCGAUGACGAGGAAAAGAAGCAAGAGCGAUGCCGAACUUCCCACCACUCGGAGUGAGACGCUUUCAGAUCUGUCCGAAAGCGCGCCUCCCAGCGCAUUUCUUGAAGGAGAACGGAACAGGAUCGCGGGAAGGCAGAGCAAGUCAAACCUCAGCGCGCUGAUCAUACCGAAACCGAAGAAGAGGAAGAUGCGGGUCGCGAGCAGUGGGGUGGAGGAAAGAUGGAUUUACAGGGGGCACGCGCAACUUGUAGACGUGGAGGUUGUUCUUCCUCAUGUACAUGACCCCGGCGACGAACGAAGGUUCGAUAUACUGAGCCCAGAGCGAUCAUUCGCCGUUUAUGCAGACAGCGAGACCGAGCGGGACGAGUGGACGGCAGCGAUCCGCAAUGCGAAAGCCGCUCUGCUAAUGGCGCUCAAUGCAAUGCAUCCAAACUCCACUCUCACCUCAUCUGCUUCCAAUGCUCAUAUCCGACGCGCUCUUCAGGCCAUCCCGUAUUCUCCUGAAGAGGAAGCAUCUGGGAAGAAGCCCAGGCGUGGCAAAGUAGAACAUUUUGUCCCCGCUAUCUGGGUUCCGGAUGCCAAAACGGAGGCCUGUAUGCGUUGCGGUCGUCCGUUCGGAUGGAGGAGACGGAGGCAUCAUUGCAGACUAUGUGGCAGAUGUGUCUGCGCAGCGUGCUCCGACCAGACGUUCUAUGUAGCGGACUCGUCCGAGUCCGGGGCGAAGAACAAACCAGCGCGUGCAUGCAACGCCUGCUAUGAAACUGUCUUUCCGGUGAUCGAGGUCGAGCCGACGCAAUCAGCAUCGGCGAUGUUACCCUCCGGAACUGUUUCCACGCUCUCAAACUUUCCAACGUGGCAAUCCAUUUCCACCCCUGCGCUGGCUAUCCCAAACGCUGCAUCAAAACAUGCCUCGGCAUUGCUUGCCAUCGACCUCGACAGCCCGUCCAGGCCGGCGCUUUCCGCCGCUCAGGCGGGAGAUGACGAUGACGUGUUCGCCCCGCCCGAGGUGGAUUGGAACAUGGGAGCAGGAACACCUCCGUCACCAUCUCGUGUACCGCGGAUGCGCAAGCGACAGUCCAUGCAGCGACCGAAAAGCUAUGUGCAGAUUCUCGAGGAGUUCUCGGAAGAGGCCCAGAUCUCAUCCAGGGAAGGUUCACGCCUCCAGGACGAUGAUAGGCAUGGAAAACCGACGUCACCGACUAUGACGCGAACGACGUCUGCUCUCAGUGCACAGACGGUAGCAACCUCGGCCUUGUCCCUGGAGACUGAUCCAACCGAGGAGGAAGCGAGUUCAAGCGGAUCUCCGCGACCGAUGAGGAAGGAGGAUACCGCAAGGCGCCAUAAACGUUUCUCAAUGCCUGCAAUGGCAUUGCAAACAACCUCGGUGAUGGUCAAACCGACGACGACCGGCGAGGGAAAGAGCAAGCGAUUCUCAUUAGUGCUAGGGAGAAGUGGUGGAAGCACGAGGAAAGCAGCGAAAGCGAAGGGCACCGCCGAAGAGGAUGAAGAGGGUAGAAGAAGCAAGGGUUUAGCGAACGGUGCAGCGGCAACCAAGCUCAACGAAUUGCUGGGGAGGAAAAAGCAGCAGUGACGAUGACUCGAGGGUGAACCCUCAGACUCGUGUCAAUAACGACCUUAAAUUAUGACUUAGCGAUUUACAUGUCCCGCACUAGAACCCUACUAGCGAUGAUCCUUAAUGAGACGGCUAACAUUACGCCUGUAGCCAGCCGGAAGAGCAUCAUGAAUUCAUGCAUGCAUAUGCCUAAGUCAUACAGGAGAAUGUGAAGACGGCCAGUGCCAACUCAGAUCGUCGUCUCGUAUGGCACAGGGACAAUAGUUUGAGGCGCGUUCUCGGAGAUGGUGACGGUGUGAGCUUCCCGAGGUGCAGCAUGUUUGCGCUUGAGGAAGACCCGCUCGCCCUUCUCCUUAGCAGCAACGUGCGCCUCAUGGUUGGCUUUGACGCGGUUCAGGAACUCCUGCCUGCACUUCGAGUGCUUGAUGUGCUCAACACGGAUGUUGACGCGCUUCUCGAUGUACCGGUUACCGACGAUCUUGUUAAUGAUGAUACCGACGGCGUGAGGGGUCACGUUGUAGACAAUUCCUGUCCGCCCGUGGUAGUAUUUGUGGGGCAUGCCCUUUUGCUGAGCCGCAUUCGCCUUGAUAUCGACGAUGUCACCGACACGAUAGGGAAUCAAGUAGGUGGAAAGUUUGAUCUGGCCAUGCUCCUUGAACUUGCGCUUGAACAUGUCGCGCGUGCGCGCGCGGUAACCAAACGAGUGCGGCAUCUUGACGGAGCUGGGCCGAGUACUUGGAAGUCUUGAGGG